AUGGUUAAAAUCAACUUCAAGGACUUUAAGAAACAAGUUCUGGGCCUGGAGUUCGAACCAACCGACACGAUCGGAACCGUGAAGCAGAAACUAGCUGAAAGCAAGGACUGUGAAGAAUCACAGAUAAAACUUAUCUAUUCGGGUAAAAUUCUACAGGAUGACCGUUGCAUUGAGGAGUACAAGUUGAAAGAAGGCGAUCAGGUCAUUUUCAUGGUUUCCAAGAAAAAAUCUAGCGCCACAAAGACCACGUUACCACCCACAGAAAACAGACAGGUAGCUUCCAACGUUUCACAGACCUCUCAAACUCAACCCACACCGUCUGGUGAGCAAAGUUCAACAAUUGCCGGAAUCUCUGGUGGGGCAGGACAACAAGAAACCGCUUCCCGUAAUGAUACCGGGUUUGUGACCGGUUUUCAACGCGACGAGACGAUUCAGAGGAUCAUGGAAAUGGGGUACGACCGCGAUCAAGUGGAAAGAGCGCUCAGAGCCGCAUUCAACAACCCAGACAGAGCGGUUGAAUAUCUUUUGAUGGGCAUUCCCGAACAUUUGCAGCCGCAACAAGCACAACAACAAGAACAACAGCAAUCACAAGCGCAAAAUCCAGGUCAGGUCGAAACUCAAGGUCUAUCUGAAGCACCAUUACCACAAGCGCCAGAGACUUCUCAGGACAGUAAUCAGGAAAUCACAGCACAGGGAUCUGGAGACCCACAAGAUCUUCCGGUGGCAGCAGACGAUCUGUUUGCGCAAGCAGCUGCCACCCCUGGUGGCCCUGAAAGCGGUGAAGGUGGGCGUGCCCCAGGUACCAUUGGCUUAACCAUGGAAGACCUUUUAUCUCUUAGACAGGUUGUGACAGGGAACCCAGAGGCUCUCGCACCUCUUCUGGAAAGCUUGAGCACAAGGUAUCCAGAGCUACGCGAACAAAUCAUGAGCAACCCCGAAAUGUUCAUCAGCAUGCUUUUAGAGGCCGUUGGUGGCUCUUUGCAAGAAGGAGACAUGAACUUGGAAGGAGCACUUGAGGGUGGCAUGAAUGCCGAAGGAAUAGAAGAGGGACAAGCACCUCCAACGAUCGAGUUGACCCCGCAAGACGAAGCUGCCAUUUCAAGACUAUGCGAACUGGGCUUUGAAAGAUCUCUAGCUGUUCAAGUCUACUUUGCAUGCGACAAAAACGAAGAGAUUGCCGCCAACAUGCUUUUCAGCGAGUAUGCGGAUUGA